AUGCCGAGAGGGAGUGGCUUCGUGCACCUCAACACACCCGCCGCUAUCUCGUAUUCGCCAGGACAGCAGGUCUCACUAUCAGAUCUGCGUCACACCCGCAGCCGUGAGGAAUGUGUUGUGUUGCCGCACACCAUCGCGACAUGGCGAUCAGCAUUUCAAAAAUAUGUUAAAUCUCAAGGCAUGUCCCAGUUUGUUGGAGACAUUGAGGCGGAGCGAGAAGGUGAGGGGCCCAUUCUGCCUCCUUUGGCCGGACCGCCGGCGGCAGCGGUAGCAACAACAACUCGGGCGCGUCCAGGGCUUUCGAAAGAACCUCAGUCAUCAUCAUCUGCUGCUGCGGAUGCUGUUGAUAUUGGAGUGGAAGAUGCUUCGUGUUCUUCGACUGAGAAGGGUAUUAUGAUCGUGUCACACCACAAGUUAAGCGGGGAGCGGCGUUUUGUCUACCCUGACCAUGACGGUGUGCUUUCCGCCGGCAUUGUGCCGCAGGUUGUCAUCUCGGCGGAAGAAAAGGCGGAACUCGAGGCAGAUCGACGUCACUACAUUUCUUCAGUAGACAUGUCUGAUGAUGAGCGUGCGGCAUUGGAAGAGCUACAGAGUCUCUGGAAGAGCCGUGCACACAGCCGCAGCGUGCAGGGGACGGCGCACCGUGCGGCUGCUGGCACUGCCGUGCCUGGCGGCGACGCUAUCGCGACGGAAGAGGGCGAACGAAAUCAGGAUAACAAUGGCGGACAUUCCAAGCGGGCCCGGUUAGAACCACUUGCGGAAGGCGCGGCACGUGACUCAGAGGCCAACACGGGAAAUAUGUUGGAUGAUGCACUGCGUUUGGCUGGAGAGUUGCUGGAUCUCAGCUAG